AUGAGCUGUUUAGAUGAUGGAUGGCAGAAAUUGAGAGUAUUGUGUAUGAUGGAUAGCAGCAGUGGGAAAAAGGUCUUGUUGGAAGGGUGGUCGUUGGUGCUGGCCACCAGUUUCCAUGAGGGAUUUUCGAGGGUAUGGUGGCCGUCGUUGGAUGCUGUUAGUCUUUUGGGGGUUGAGGAGGGUGAGGAAGACGAAGAGGGAGUGGUUGGAAAGGGAAGAGAUGUUGGGUUAAACCAAAUUGCUUUAUUCGAAGGUAAAGUGGCUGGAGGAAAUGGGGAGCAAGUUCUGAGCAGGGAUGUAUACAGGCUUGGACAACUUCUUGACUUCUUUAGAAUGCUCUCUUUCUACUUCACCACCGUUGGUUACUAUGUUUGCACAAUGAUGACGGUUAUUACGGUAUACAUUUUCUUAUACGGAAGAGCUUAUCUGGCUUUCUCUGGACUGGAUCGAGGAAUUUCAGAGGCAGCUACAAUUAUGGGUAACACUUCAUUGAAUGCAGUGCUAAAUGCUCAAUUCUUGUUCCAAAUUGGAGUUUUCACGGCAGUGCCAAUGAUAGUGGGCUUUAUACUUGAAAUGGGAUUACUGAAGGCUGUGUUCAGUUUUAUUACAAUGCAGCUUCAGCUGUGUUCUGUAUUUUUCACAUUCUCGUUAGGAACAAGAACUCAUUAUUUUGGACGCACUAUCCUCCAUGGAGGUGCAAAGUACCGAGCAACUGGUAGAGGCUUUGUUGUCCGUCACAUCAAAUUUGCUGACAAUUACAGGCUUUACUCAAGAAGUCAUUUUGUCAAGGCGCUUGAAGUAGCACUACUAUUAAUAGUCUAUAUUGCAUAUGGUUACACAGAGGGAGGUGCCGUUUCUUAUAUUCUGCUAACCCUUAGCAGUUGGUUCCUUGUCAUUUCAUGGCUUUUUGCUCCUUACAUCUUUAACCCUUCAGGUUUUGAGUGGCAAAAGACUGUGGAGGAUUUUGAUGAUUGGACCAGUUGGCUUAUGUAUAAAGGUGGAGUUGGGGUAAAGGGAGAGAGUAGUUGGGAAUCUUGGUGGGAUGAAGAACAGAUGCAUAUCCAAACAUUGAGAGGCCGAAUACUUGAGACAAUCCUAAGCCUGAGGUUUUUCCUAUUUCAGUAUGGCAUUGUAUACAAACUUCAUCUUACUGGAAAUGAUACUUCUCUAGCGAUCUAUGGCUUCUCUUGGGUUGUAUUAGUCGGAAUAGUAAUGAUAUUCAAGACAUUCACAUAUACCCCCAAAAAAUCCACCAGCUUCCAGCUAAUGAUUCGAUUCAUGCAAGGAGUUACUGCCUUGGGACUUGUUGCUGCCGUUUGCCUUGUUGUUAUCUUUACCAACUUAACAAUUCCUGACUUGUUUGCAAGCAUCCUUGCAUUUAUUCCUACUGGAUGGGCCAUUCUAUGUUUAGCAGUCACCUGGAAGGGGAUCGUGAGGAGUUUGGGCUUGUGGGAUUCAGUACGGGAGUUUGCCAGAAUGUAUGAUGCUGGGAUGGGCGUAAUCAUAUUUUACCCAAUAGUAGUACUGUCAUGGUUCCCGUUUGUUUCCACCUUCCAAUCCCGCCUACUGUUUAACCAAGCGUUCAGCCGUGGACUGGAGAUAUCCCUCAUCCUCGCUGGGAACAAAGCUAAUGUUGAGGCCUAA